CAGUCGUCUCUUCUACCACCAAACGAGCGCGUGUGCACAUGCGUAUGUAUUUGCUCUUCGACGCUUUUGACUGAAAACAGCUGAUGCAAAGUAUUUUUUUUUGAUAAAGGGGUAUUUUUAUUGCAUAUAUGUCAUAAUAUAAAAAGUUAUGUUCUUGCAUCGACAACCACUGGAGAGAAACAAUCAAAAAUUCAUUGUUUCAAAAUUAUCCACAAUUCUAAAAAUUAGCAGAACAUAAGUAUACCGCAUGGUUUUGUUCAUUUUGUCUCUGGUAAAAUGUCUGCUUUGGAGCACGAAGCUGGAUGCGUCAGUGAGGUAACACUGGCAAUUAGUAAAGCCCGAAGUUCUCAAGUAGGAGCUCUACGUGCUCUUGACAGUCCAGACUCUGACGUAUCUGGCCAUUCGAAUUCCUUUACUGUACAAAGUUUCAAUUAUCCGGGCAAUGAGAACACGAAUCACCACGAGGAGAUAAUCCAAACGCCGCUGACAUCCGAAGACUUGAGGAUACCAAUUGUUGGUUAUGAAGUGAUGGAAGAGAGAGCUAGAUUUACAGUUUACAAACUGCGCGUUGAGCUGAAAAAUGGAGAUUGCUGGUUUGUCUUUCGAAGAUAUACCGAUUUUGUUCGCCUGCUCGCUCAAUUGCGCAGGCAAAAACUUGGAACUGACAACCUAUCGUUACCUAAAAAAAAAUGGCUCGGAGAUAAUUUUGCUCCGAGCUUCUUGGAGGAAAGAAUCGGUGGACUUCAAGCAUUCGUCAAUGCUAUACUCAACACGCCGACCCUCAUAGGAAAUACAUCGGUUAGGGAAUUCUUUUGCUUGGACGAGCCGCCCGCUCUUUCCGAUACUGUCGAAGAAGCAAGGGCAAUCUUCGAAGCUCUCGAGGACUCGAUAUACCAUUUGAAACAGCAACUCAGAGAACGAGACGCGGCGUUAGCAGCUGAGACCGUCAUUAGCAACGAUCUGAGAAAUCAACUUGAUCAAUUAAUGCGCGAGCCUCAUUUGUGUUCGAAAUGCAGUGCGUUAGCGGACUAAUGCGAGGCACGCAUUAAAUUGAUAAAAAAUAAAGAAUACACGAGAGAAAGAGAGGUAACACGACCAAUUGUAUCAUAUUUCAAGAAGAAUCUCAGAAUUUUCGUCUUCAAGACGAUCUACAUAGUAUAUUUGUUACAAAUAAAAUUAUCUUUUUUUUUUUUUCAUUACAACGGUUUUAGCCGAUCAAGACUAACAGUAUUAUUAUGUCGACGGGUUAUUUAUGCUUAAACAUUGGUGACAGAGACGUGGCCGUACAGAAUAUUAAAAAAUCAACGUUUAUCAUUA